AUGACUACAGCUGCAGAAAGAAAGUAUAUUAAUAUUAGAAAAAGAUUGGAUCAGUUGGGAUACCGCCAGACUCUGACAGUGGAUUGUUUGCCAUUGGUAGAAAAACUGUUCAGUGACCUAGUUCAUACAACAGAGAGUCUUCGGAAGUCAAAACUAAGUGCUGCGAAAGCUGAAAAAGAAAGUGCUAAUUUUGAUUUUGUUUUGGAACCUUACAAAUUUGAAAAUGCAAAACUUCUCAGGGAAAAUAAUGAAUUAUACCUGGAACUAAUGAAACUGAGAGAACAGUCAGGCCAGCACAUUAAAGAGCUGAAAACUGCACUGAAGAAGAGUACAUGUGAAGCCUCUGAUCUGAAAUUUUUAAAUAACCAAUAUGUUCACAAGCUCAAACUUUUGGAGAAAGAAAGUAAAGCUAAGAAUGAAAAAAUUCAGCAGCUUCAAGAAAAGAAUUUGCAAGCUGUAGUACAAACUCCAGGUGGUAAGAGAAGAAGUAUUGCUUUCAGGCGGCAGCGUAUGCAGAUCGAUGAACCAGUCCCUCCCCCAGAAGUCAGUUCGUAUCCCGUGCCUCAACCAGAUGACCCGUACAUUGCAGACAUGCUGCAAGUGGCUGACAAUAGAAUUCAGGAACUUCAAGAGGAAGUCCUCCAGUUACAAGAAAAGCUCCUACUGAUGGAAAGUGGACUAAGAGAUUACAACGAACAGAUUGAGUUAAGAGAACGAGAAAUAGAACGACUGUCUAUUGCUUUGGAUGGUGGUCGCUCCCCUGAUGUUCUCUCUUUGGAAUCUAGAAAUAAAAGCAAUGAAAAACUGAUUGCUCAAUUAAAUGUUCAGGUAGAUUUUCUUCAGCAAACUAAUAAAGACCUGGAGAAACAUAUACAGGAGCUUUUGGAAACCAAGGAAACAGUGACUACUGAAGUUGUUAAUUUAAGUAAUAAAAAUGAAAAACUCUGCCAAGAGUUAACUGAAAUCGACCAGUUAGCACAACAGUUGGAAAGACAUAAAGAAGAGGUGCUUGAGACUGCUGAUAAAGAGCUUGGGGAAGCAAAGAAAGAGAUUAAAAAAAACCUCUCUGAAAUGCGGAAUCUUGAAGAAACAAUGGGAAAACUUAAACUGGAAUUAAACUUCUGUCAUAAAGAAAAGGAGAGACUCAACGAUGAGCUUCUUAUAAAAUCAGACCUAGAAACUGUUGUUCAUCAGCUUGAAGAAGAGAAGCAAAGACUUGUCAAAAAAGUUGAAGGUUUUGCAAUGAAAGAAAGAGAACUUACUUUGGAAGUUGAGAGGAUGAGACUAGAACAUGGAAUAAAACGUCGAGACAGGUCACCGUCUAGGUUAGAUACAUUUCUGAAAGGUAUAGAAGAAGAACGAGAUUUUUAUAAGAAAGAGCUAGAGAGACUUCAACAUUUAAUACAGCGAAGAUCUUGUUCUGUCAAUUAUCUUGCACGUGAAAAAUUUUCAAUAUCUAAAACAGCAGAAAAGGGUGAUUAUAAUUCAGAAAUUAAUGUGAUCACAAGAGAAAGAAAUGAACUUCAAUGUAUGCUAGAAAGAUUUGAAAAACAUAUGGAGGAUAUACAGUCCAACGUCAAGCUACUGACAGCUGAAAGAGAUAAACUAAGUGUCUUAUAUAAUGAAGCUCAGGAAGAAUUAUCUGUACUAAGACAAUCCACCCCAGUUUCCCAGGAUAUUGUUAGUCUUAUGGAAAAGGAAAAAGAACUUGCAAUAUCUGAUCUAAGAAGAGUUAUGGCUGAGAAUGAAGCUUUAAAAGGAAAGUUUAAAAAUUUCCAGGAAAUGAGUCAUUACGGAAAAUCAGAGUUAGAGAAAACUGUUGAGCAUUUGACAGUUGCUAAUCACCAGCUUGAAAAUGAAAUAUGUGAAUUAAAAACUAAAUUGUUAGUGAUGAAAGAAACAAUGGAGUCAUUAGAGCACAAAACAAAUUUCCAUGCUCAUAAAUUUAUCCACAUGAGUGGCGACUCACACCAGAAAACAGAAAUGAACACACUCAGGAUAGUAAAUGAGCAACUGCAGCGGUCACUUGAUGAUUAUCAGCACCGACUCUCCAUCAAAAGAAGUGAACUUGAAUCAGCUCAAAUGCAAAUUAGAGCACUCGAAGAAAAAAUAAGUCAGCUACACCUUCAGAUGACUUCACAGAAUGAGGAGGCUCAUGUAAUGAAAAAGACCAUUGGUGCUAUUGAUAAAGAAAAGGACUAUCUUCAGGAGACUGUAGAUGAAAAGACAGAAAAGAUUGCGAAGUUGCAAGAAAAUCUAGCUAAUAAAGAAAAAGUUAUUGCUCAGAUGACGGUAACAAUCUCGGAGUAUGAAUCUUCUCUAAGCCAAGUAAAGGAAUCCUUAACUAAUCGAGAUUGUGAGAUAAACAGCCUUCGGCGCCAGCUUGAUACAAGUCACAAAGAACUUGAUGAUGCUGGAAGAUGUAAAGAAGUUUCUUAUCAGGAAAACAGAAGAUUACAAGAAGAUCUGGCUACAAUGGCAAGAGAAAACCAACAAAUCUCAUUGGAAUUGGAAGCAGCAAUCCAAGAAAAAGAAGAAAUGAAGAGUCGAGUUCAUAAGUACAUAACUGAAGUGUCACGAUGGGAAAGCUUAAUGGCUACUAAGGAAAAAGAAAAUCAAGAUUUGUUAGAUAAAUUUCAGAUGCUUCAUAACCGUGCUGAGGACUGGGAGGUCAAAGCCCAUCAAGCUAAGGGAGAGAGCAGUUCAGUCCGACUGGAGCUCCUUUCUAUUGACACUGAGAGGAGACACCUCCGAGAAAGAGUGGAGCUACUAGAGAAAGAAAUUCAGGAGCACAUAAGUGCACAUCAUGCUUAUGAAUCUCAGAUCUCGUCAAUGGCAAAAGCCAUGGCUUCAUUGGAAGAAGAUCUGAGACGACAAGAAAGUGAGAAAGCAACAGCAUUGAGUGAUAUGGCAUCUCUUAGAGAACUUUGCAUUAAGCUUGAUUCAGGCAAAGAUCUUACAAUCCAGCAAUUGAAUUCCAAAAAUCUUGAGGUGGAGAGGCUUACAGCAGAAUUGGAAAGUGUAAAAUCCGAAGCCGAACUGUUAAAGAAACAGCUGUCAAGCGAGAGACAUACAAUUAAAAAUCUUGAAUCACUCUUGGUUUCAAACAGAGAUAAAGAGUUUCAAUCUCAGUUAAACUCACAUGAGAAGGAAACAGAAAUCCAGCUACUUAAAGAGAAGUUAACUCUUUCAGAAAGCAAAUUGAGUAGUCAAAGCCGAGAAAACACCAUGCUGAGAGCUAAAGUGUCACAAUUACAACUAGAUCAUGAUGUUAUGAAGAGACAAAUUACAACUGAAAAAUUUGAACGAGAACGAGCAAUUCAAGAGAUGCGUCAACAUGGUCUUCCUACUCCACCUCUUAGUUCCACUCUGAAGUCACCUGUGCAGUCUUCUGAGCAUGUUAACAUAUGA